CAAUGAAUCAUUUGAGGAACAUAAAAGAAAUGCUGAGCAUCCCAACUGGAAGCAGGAAUAUGGCUACCUGUGGCUUCUCCAGCUUGACAGACUCUCAGUUAUUCUUUGGGUCUCAGUUUUGGCCCGAAAACUCUCAGGGUGCGUCUCAGGAUAUGAGUUUGUCAUCCAGGACCUCCCAGCAAAGUUCACAAGAGGGGAGCGACCCAAAGUUUUCAAACAAUUAUCACACUAAACCUCUCCUACUUGGAGAACUGAAAGACAAAACCAGGGGUUUUGGAAUACUGGAUAAAUUUGAAGAGGACAGGAAAAAGGCAAAAGAAAAAAAUGACAGUGAUCUGUUUGCCAAAGAAUGUCAACAUACAAGAGAAACUCUCAACAACAUCCAACAACUGGUCACCGGGGUAGACAGAAAUAUGGCUGUGUACCAAACUGUCCUCGAAAAAUUUGACAAUUUUGCAUCAACAUUGCAAAAUAAUCUGAAUGACCUUCAGAGUGACAUUUCCCAGCAGUUUGAGACUUUGGUAAAUAAAGUGAAUUCCCACAAAGAAGUGAUGACAAAUCUGGAGGAAAAUGUGAAAAAGAGUGGAGACACCACAGCAGAACUUGGUUCAAAUCUGCAAAUUUUAAAGAGUAGUCUUGAGAGUCUGAGAGAGGAGCAGGAGAGAGAACAAAAUGUACUUGAAGAGACCCUGAAGCUGCUCAGCACUCUUGUCUCAGAGCAUUCAGCCAAACCCAGCUCUCAGAGACUGAUGGACAACGCCGUCCAGACGUCGCCAGGGCUUGAACAGUCACUCUCUGACAUCCUGCAGGACAACAAGCUCGAAGGCACACAGCUUCUAUGUACAUUGCACAACCCUGAACACAAGCAGGUUGAAGUUCCCCCUCGGGAGCCCAGCUGCAGCAUUAGGAAACGGAAACUCACUCUCAGAGGCCAUAGGAGGCGCAAAAAGAGACUGCUGAUACCCUCACAGAGGAGUAAGCGCACUGUGCCGGAUGAAAACAGUCAUUCUCUGAUGAAUUGUAACAAACAUCAGAACGUUUCAGCACCUCUCUGUGAUCGCCAUGAUCUGAAUACGGUAACCAGCCAGGAUAGCGUUCACUGUCUGAUACCACUGAACAGGGAGAAAAGGUCCAGUGAACCUGCGAGGCAUUUAGUCACCCCUCUCAGCUGCUGGUCUCAGGAGAGCAACAGCUCUGAGUGCCUCUCAGGAAUUGAAUCAAUCUUAGACAAGGUGUCAGCUGAGUCCAAGACGGGGAACCCAGUGAAACCUGAAGGCCUCUGGCAGUUGUUUGACUUGGAUUGCGAUUCUGACAUAGGCUUUUAAAGGAUGAGUAAAGGAUUCAGAACAGUGCAGUCUGUUUUCUUAGGGCAAUUUAGGCCAAAAGUGUUUAUUAUUAUAUUUAUUAUUACUUGUAACAUAUGUUCUGUUAGUUGUGGAU